AUUGGGAGGAAUGAGAGGGAAUGGAUUUAGGUUUAAUGAAAUUUUUGUUAAAAUCCCUAAAAUACCCCUUCAAUAUCAACCCUUUUUUUCUCAUUCAGCCGUAAAAAAAUAUAGCUAUCAUUCUAUUGUCCGUUCUCUGUUCUCUGUAGAGUGAAGCUGCUGCCGUUGGUCUUGCUUUUUCUUUUGUCUGCUACAAUUUUCGGUUAUUGCUCAAACCAAAGAGAUGGUGAUCUUCAAGACACACAGCGUGCCACGGUUGAAGAGCAAGUUGGCAAGUUUCUUCACAUGUUAGCACAUAAUCAGACAACUCGUACAAUGUCCUUCUUUUUUUGUCGUUCCAGUGAGACCAUUAGUCGCCAUUUCCAUAACGUGCUAAGAUCAAUAAUUAUGUUAGAGGAUCAAUUCCUUCAACAACCUGAUGGAACCCAAGUGCCACUUGAAAUACUACAAAGUAGUAGGUUCAACCCAUAUUUUAAGGAUUGUAUUGGGGCACUUGAUGGAACACAUGUUCGUGUCAAAGUGUCUAAUGAGGAUGCACCAAGAUAUCGGGGUAGGAAGGGUUACACAACACAAAAUGUCUUGGCAGCAUGCUCAUUUGAUUUAAAAUUCACAUACGUGUUACCAGGUUGGGAAGGAACUGCGUCAGAUUCAAGAAUAAUAAAGAGUGCUUUAACUAGAAACGAUAAUUUGAAAAUCCCACAAGGUAAAUAUUAUCUUGUUGAUGCGGGAUACAUGAAUAGAAGUCGUCUGAUUGCACCUUAUAGGGGAGUGCGUUAUCAUUUAAAAGAGUACUCUGUUCGUCCCCCUGAAAAUGCUAAAGAAUUGUUUAAUUUGCGACAUGCGUCAUUACGCACUGCUAUUGAAAGAGCAUUUGGUGUACUUAAAAAGAAAUUUCCUAUCAUAGCAAGUACUACAGAGCCUAAUUAUUGUGUUGACACUCAAAAUGAAAUCAUUUUAGCAUGUUGCAUACUUCAUAAUUAUUUAAUGGGUGUCGAUCCUGAUGAAAGUCUUAUUGCUGAAGUUAAUGAAGAGGUUUUGCAUUCUCAUCGUGAACGUGUGGCCCCUACUCCAAGAGAAGAUGAUGAGGAUGCUAGGCAAGGAGAUAUUAUUAGAGAUUCUAUAGCAUCAGCCAUGUGGCAAAACUAUGUCCAAAUGUGAUAGCUUUUGGGUUUAUUGUUGUCAUGUCGUUUAAGACUAUGUUAUA